GCAACUAAUAACUACCUUUGUCAAGCUGUUUUACUCUUUCGAAAACAAAUAAAAAAGUUAAAUCGCAGUGUUCGUACAAUCCAUCAUUACUUUUCUCGUAAUGCAGUGUUCGUAAUCUUCUUCGGCUCUGCCCUCUGAGAAUAGAAACCCGUUCGCAAUCUUACUUCAACCCAUCUUCCACCUUUCAAACCUUUUCUGCAUAUUCUCGACCUUCAGUUUUUCACAUCGACUCAGGCGUCACUUUGUUAGUUUUCUUAUUGGUUGCGGUCAAUUCUUCAAUUAGAUGGAGUUUUAAUUUGAGAAAGGCACAACGUAUGGAUCACCUCAGAUGCAGUUCUUGAUCCGGUUGUCACCUGUAUAUCAAGGUUGUGGUGGAAAUGAAUGCUGAAUAGUGAAUACUGAUGGAGACUACCACAGUUAAAAGUAAUUCUGUAUCAGUAUUGCAAGUGAGAAAAUUGUAAUGCAAUUGCUAUGGAUGAAACACAAGAUCAGGAUUAUUCUUCCAGUCUACCCGAGGUUUCUUUGUCUCGCGAUGACAGUGUGAGGUCUUAUUCCAAUGCGCAAAUAAAUCGUGGGACUGGGAUGUCAGGCCUGAAGAAGAGAGGUCAUGGAAGUCGGUCUUGGAUUAAAAUUGGUAACGAUGGGAAUUUUGAGACAGUGAGACUUGACAAGGCAACUAUAAUGAGAAAUUGUUCUUUGCCUUCUAGAGAUCUCCGGCUAUUGGAUCCAAUGUUUAUUUAUCCUUCAGCAAUAUUAGGACGGGAGAAGGCCAUUGUAGUCAACCUUGAGCAAAUCCGAUGUAUAAUCACUGCUGAUGAGGUCAUCCUGAUGAAUUCAUUGGAUGGUAGUGUUGGUCAGUACAGGUCAGAAUUAUGCAGUCGCCUUAAGAAUGAAAAAGCUGAUGAUCUACCUUUUGAAAUUAGGGCACUGGAGUUGGCUCUAGAAUUGACAUGCACGUCUUUAGAUGCUCAGGUAAACGAACUGGAAAUGGAAAUAUAUCCCGUGCUAGAUGAACUAGCCUCAUCUAUCAGUACUCUAAAUCUGGAACGUGUUAGGAGAUUUAAAGGUCACCUGCUUGCUUUGACUCAACGAGUUCAGAAGGUUCGUGAUGAAAUAGAACAUCUUAUGGAUGAUGAUGGUGACAUGGCUGAGAUGUGUCUAACUGAGAAAAAGAGAAGAUCUGAUACUUACACUAUUAAUGAUUGUUUUCAAACUAAUGUAUCUGGUAGAGUGAUUUCGAAGUCAGCUCCUGCUUCACCCGAGCGAACAACUAGUGGAGUCCAGAUGUUGCAAAGGGCUUUCAGCAGCAUUGGGAAUUCUAGUAAACAUGGUAGCUCAAUGGUCUCUUCUGAUAAUGGGGAAAGGAUUGAGCCACUCGAAAUGUUGCUUGAAGCAUAUUUUGUAGUCAUUGAUAAUACUCUUAACACACUAUUAUCGCUCAAAGAAUACAUUGACGACACAGAAGAUUUUAUCAACAUAAAAUUGGGAAAUAUUCAAAACCAGCUAAUACAGUUUGAGCUGCUUCUUACAGCUGCUACAUUGGUAGCUGCAGUAUUUACUGCUGUAGCAGGUGUAUUUGGAAUGAACUUUGAAACCACAGUUUUUGACUAUCCAUCUGGAUUCAAUUUGGUUUUGGUAAUUACUGGUAUUGCUUGUAUAGCAUUGUAUUUCGCUCUCCUAUUUUAUUUUAGGUACAAGAAAGUGCUUGCAGCUUAAACUUCAAUACCAAUAAAUUGAGUGUGCGUUCGCAUUGGUCAAGAUGACAGCUUGCAGCCAAAUAUAACAUCUAUUUGCUUGUGGAAGAUAAUUUACUCAUAAUUCACUGCUUCAACAUGGCUGGAUACAUUGAAUCUUU